GUUCCUUAUUUAUAUUGGAACCUAAGUGCACAUUUUAUUGUGCCGGUAUUACAAAAGUCUUGAAAGCCCGCGAAUGUCAAACAUACGCUUAGGGGAUUUCCUCAAAGGCACAAAUGGAUCCCAGAAAAGACGAAACUGUCGGAAACAAAUUGAAGAAACUAUUCAGUACCAGAGACCGUCCUAAAGAAAAGCAUAAAGAUAAAUGUAGCAAAUAUUCGAGAAGUAGCGAGUCACCACCAUCAUCGGUAAAUAUGGGUAGUGUGAGUGACGAUGAAGUUGAACGGAGAUUUUUGCAAAUGUUGGAGGAUAUGAAUUUAUCGGAAGACCAAACGAUAUCUUUGAGAGAAAAACCUAUAAAAACGAAGCUCGAAAUGCUUGAAACGUAUGGAAAAAAGCUUGGGUCCUCAAAAAAUGCUCCUGAUUAUUGUGCGAGGUUCUUGUUGGUCCCACAAAACUAUUCACCGAAGCAGCUGCUAAAUGCGUUGGAAAACCUACGUGUGAACUUAUUAAAUAAUGGUGUAAGUUGGGUUCGGGAAUUUAACAAUACAUCUAACAACGGUCUAAACAAUUUGCUACACUUUUUGGCCCUUACUCUGACGAACUACUACCCAAGUUGUGCUCUACAUUGUUUACGUUGUAUCCGUGCUCUUGGGAAUUGCGGUUAUGGCUUAUAUGCUUUGGUAGACCAUGAAAGUGCAACUACAUUUAUUGCUAAGUGUCUGGACAGUGACCAGUCACCUCUAGUGGACUGUGCUAUAGAGCUCUUAUCUAGUAUUGCUCUAUGUAAUGCUAAAGGCUACAAAAACGUUCUGGAAGGGCUAACAUUUAGUGCGGAACUUAAUGGGUCACCAGACGAACGCUUCAUGCCUUUAGUUAAAGCCCUAGAUUGUCCUGAAGUUGCGCGAGCUUCGUUGCAGUUUAUUAAUGUUCUUGUAAACCGCAGUUGUCUUGAUGAGAACUCUUUUGACAUUGACUACAGAGUGCAUUUACGGUGUGAGUUUAUUAGUUUAGGAAUUAUUGAAAAGCUUAACAAACUUGAAAAUUCAUUGGACGCUGACAUUCAAAAUCACAUAACAAUCUACCGUUCUAGAGCUGAUCAGGACUUGGACGAUGUUUUUGAGCGACUAGAUUCAGUCAAAUGUGAUCUAGAUGAUGCUAACCAGAUUUUCCACAUUCUUCAUCGUACUAUUAUGGGAAGCAAAUCAGAGAAGCACUUCCUGUCAAUACUACAGCAUUUUCUUUUUAUUCGUGAUGAGCCUUAUAGAUUGGCUUACUUUACUCUUCUGGAAGAACUGAUUGGCCAAGUUUUAAUUCAAAAUGAUGGUGUCGAUCCUGAUCCGCACAUGAACAUUCUGCGCUUGGAUGUUGAAAGUACUGUCGCAUUAUUGGUAGAUGCACUAAAGGAAGCUGACGCCUCAACUCGUGUUGAGGAACUUCAAGCUAAGUUAGAUGCUGCUCUUCAAGCUAAAUUAGAGGCAGAAGCCAAAGUGCAAACAUUACAAAGUCAUUUAAGUUCGGGAGACAGGUCUACCAUCAAGCCUACUUCUGGGCUGGAAGGGACACUUAAUUCUGUAAUAGCAACUGCUCCUAAUAUCUUACCUCCACCUUCAAGUGCAAGUAUACCACCACCUCCAGGCAUUCCUCCACCGCCACCUAUGGAAGGUGUUCCUCCCCCUCCUCCUCCGCCACUACCACCUAUGGGAGGUAUUCCGCCACCUCCACCACCACCCAUGGGAGGUGUUCCGCCACCGCCACCGGGUUUCCAGUCAUCCAAACCUCCUGACGAACUUCCUUUUGGUAUGAAACCCAAAAAGAAAUACACUUUGGAUGUCCCUAUGAAAAAGGCCAAUUGGGAAAAAAUUAAACCCAAUAUGCUUGAUAAAAACUCGGUCUGGGUCCAACUUCAUGAGGAUGAGCUUGAGUACGGUGAUUUGUUAAAAAAUCUUAGUGCUCAAUUUAGCACAAAGCCAGCUAAGGUGAUGGUGUCUGACUCUACAUCAGAUGGCGCAGCUUCAGCUGGGAAUCUACAAGGUAUUCAGUCUCGUAAGACGAAAAAGCUAAGAUAUUUGGACGAUAAAGUGGCUCAAAAUCUGUCAAUUCUUCUGGGUUCACUUAAAGUGCCAUAUGAUGAGCUUCGUCGGCGUAUCCUAACUGUCGAUGAAAGUUUACUAACUCCAAAUAUGUUAGAGCAGCUGGUUAAAGCCCUACCAGAACCACAAGUUAUUUCAAAGAUCAGUUCACUUAAAGAUGAAUAUGAGACACUAGCGGAACCUGAACAAUUUGUGUGCAAAGUUGGCGAUAUUAAGAAACUCAUACCAAGACUAAAUUCAAUCCAUUUUAAAAUGAGGUUUAAUGAGAGACUUGGUGAAGUAAAGCCUGAGAUAGUUGAUGUAGACGAAGCAUUGCAGGAGAUACAUUCCAGCAGACACUUCAAACGUAUAUUGGAAUUGGUUCUGCUGUUAGGUAAUUACAUGAACGCGGGUUCCAGAAAUGCAGAGGCGAUUGGAUUUGAAAUUAGUUUUCUAACUAAGUUAGAAGCGACAAAGGAUAUAUCCAAUUCCCAGACGUUACUCCAUUUUUUGAUUAACUCUCUUGAUCGAAAAUUCCCAGAAACUGUUAAGGGGUUUCUGGAUGACUUCUCGCAUGUUGAACGGGCUUGCCGUGUCUCUGAGGAUAGUCUGAAAGCUAACAUAGCAGAAAUGAAGAAGUCUGUUUCCAAUAUUGAUACAGACCUAAAGACAUACAAAGCUCAAGACCCUAAUGAUAAUUAUAUUUCUAUAAUGCAGGAUUUCCUUGUAUUUGCUAAAGAACAGAUGUCACAGUUAGAAAUGAUGCACAAACGAAUGCAGGAUAAAUUUUUGACCGUUUCUAAAUACUUAGCAUUUGACCCCAACAAAUACCAUAUGGAGAAUUUAUUUUCUGAUUUGAAAGACUUCCAUGUUUCCUUUAAACGUUCUGCUUCUGACCUGGCCAAAAAGCAUGCGUUGGAAGAAAAAAUGAAAAAGGCACGAGAGGAGCAAGCACGCCGUCAGCGUGAACGUGAGGAUAAAGCUAUUCUGAAUAGCUCAGGACCCAGGGCACCUACAGAGGAAGAGGGAAAUGUCAUUGACAAUUUAAUGGAGGCCCUAAAGUCUGGUGCUGCUUUCGCUAAUGGAGGUGAAAGGUCAGUCGUCAGGCGUAAUCGAAAUCGUGUGAGCCCAGCCGCUGCUAGUCUCGCGUCAGUUGCUUCACCAUCGGCUAUUCGACAAAGGCAGUUAAUGCGCGCCAGAUCUCGUAAUUAUGGUGACUUACCUCGUUCAGUUGUCGAUGUAGCAUGAAGUACCUAACUCCUUUUUACUCCUUUUCAAAGUUUACUUGUAAAGCGCCUUGAACAUCACCUUAAAGAACUUUUCAGAAGUGUUUGAUAAAUAAUUUCUAACUGGUCAGAUUCAGACUUGUAUCUUUUUCAUUUUCUUAUUUGUACAGUCUUUUCAUAAACUUCGUACAUAAACUCAUGUUAAUUUUUGCGUAAUUUUGUACGUUUUCAGUGUUUUGCAGUGUGUAGUUUCCGUUAAGAUAUAUAUUAUUCAUACUAAGUAGUUAAUAAUCAAAGCGUGCGUAUUGUCUUGUGAAAGGAAACAACCUAAAUUAUUAGUUCACUUCUUGUAGGUGUAUUAAACUAAAACUGGCUGCCAACGGCAGAUAGCAAGGAAAUCACAUUUAUAGCAAGUUGCAAUUUGUGUCAACAGGAUUUAAUAACCACUUUCUGUGUACUUCAAGCCUUCUGUUUAAAGUAAGAUAAUGUUUUGUAUCCAAAAGGACCAGGAUUAGGUGCAGCUCAGAUUUUAAACAAUAUAAAAUCGACUUUACAUUUUGGUACUUUGUCAUCGAUCGAUUCAUGGGAAUCGAAUGCCUAUUUACUGUUCAUGCCAUUAGUUUCUGAUAAUCGUCCAGAAUUCCGUGGAAACAUACUUCGAGAUUGUAUGCUACAUUUACCUAUCCCUUUAAAAAUGCCGUCUACGGUGGCAGUUGGUCUUGAUGGUGUAGAAAGUCAACGAAAGGCUGACGAGCUUUUGGGAAGACUGAAUAAUGAAACUGAAAGUUAUCAUACAAUAAAGCGUCCUUUCAAGCCAUUGUUGUAUACGGAUUCAAGGUUUGUUAGUUUUUCUUAUUCUCUUUCGUAUUUUUAAGACUCAAUAACUCAGUGAUUAAAGUCAAUAGACUUAUUGUUUAUAGUUUCGUGAACUAUAAAUUUUAUCGCUGUUUGAUGUGUAUUUAUUACCAUCAAAGUACAAAUUACUUCUUAAAGAUUGACUGGAAUUUACGCCUACAAUUAAUUUUGAUGGUGAAGUUUUAGAAGUAGUCAAAGCACUGGUUAAUAAGUGUACUUAAAUGGGUAAUAGUAAUGAUCUGGCAGAAGAGAUCAUUCUAUGUACAGCGAAACUUAUAACUGCCUAUUGUAAGUCUGAGUCGAUUUUCUCGCGAUCGUCACGUUAGUUUGUUUAUAAAAGGGUCGAGUGCACAACAGUGCCUUAAUACCAGUUCUUUUGUUUACUAGUGUGAAAUCGAUUCUCAAAGAUGCGGGUGUUUAAUAAUCAUUGCUUUCAUUUAGUCACAGCACUGUGCAGGUAAUGCCGAGGGGCAGCUAUGUGUUUGUAGACAAUUUAUAUCACUCAACAAGUGGUGGCAACUUGGGAAAGUGGCCUCACCCGUUUAGACAUGUUUUGCUCUUGCAUACUGAUGAUUAGUUAUUGAUGUUGGGGUGAAGUCAGAUCAAUCAUAAACAACGUAGAACUUCCCAUAGAUGUGCAUCGACAUUGGAGCUGAAGGUUAAAGACAGAGUUUGUUAGCUUAUAAAAUGAACUUUUAGAUUGAAAAAAUAGUUACAUCAAGUUAGCUUCUGUUGAAUUAUCAUGAUUCUUUCAAUGAGGCUGUUAGUGGUUGGGCGUUUCACUGCCGAUAGACGUUAUCAAACUAUUCAAGACUGAAAUCAGUGGAUACCCUGGUUGUGUUUUCAUUUAAAAUAUGACCUUCAGUACUUCUUAUUCUUAUUUUUACUAUUUUGUUUCACAAUAUUGUCAUUUCAUUUUGUGUGAUGGAUUUGUCAGUACAUAUUAGGCUUUGAUUUGUUAUUUUUUAUUUUCCAAAUGAUCUUACGAAUAAUGAACCAUUGGAAAAAAAAAUUUGAAAAUGUAUCUCAGUGGAUUUUUAACUCGUUUUUUUAAUUUUGUAUAAAUAUGAUUCAAACAAUGCAUAUAGUCAGUAACCAGAAAAAAACGAUUGAUUGGUCUAAUUAAAUUAGUGGAUAAUGAAUAAAGAAUACCAUUUUGCACAAGAUAAAGUUUUAUAUCUGUUCAUCGACACCAACCUUUAAGCAUCUAAGAUCGAGGAGAGUACACUGUGUAAUAACUGUAUUGCAACAUCAAUAAAUAGAAUUUCAACUAAUGUAUACCAAACACUAGACGAAAAUUCACUAGUCACUGUCAUUAAUUAAAUAAAUAAUGUAACAAAGAUGGAACAUUUUUGAUAGUUAUUAAGUAACGUUUUUAUCACUCCAUUAAAUUUAUUUUAUUCUUUGAUAACUAUUUCGUAUAUUUUAUUAUAGUGUAUUAGUUCGUGUAGGUAUUUUAAGAGUUUUAGUAGAAUCCGUUAAACAAUCAAUUGUUUAUUGGUUGUCAACAUUAAGUACUUUGUUAUUGAUUUUAUCUUAACCAAUUUACUCCGUAUCGUUUGUGACACCUAAAUUAAAUCUAUUUAAAUCUUUAUAUAUUUGCCAAAAAAAACAUUCGCAUCUCGUUUGCGUUAUAUUAUCAAUGAGAUAUUUUUAAACGUGCAACUAACAGAAACUAAUCAUUAAGGAAAUAAAUACAUGUUUUGUAUAGUUCACCUGCAGUUCUCAUUAGUUAUUAAAAUGAUUAGAUCCAAUGUUUUUGUGAUAUUGUUGUAUGGUCACUUGAAGGUGUGACAAAUAAUUUAACCGCUUAACUUCUUGAUCCGUUUUAUAUUCAUUUAUAACGUAUCUAAUGGAUUGUAAUGUUAUCAAUUACAUUUAUAAUUAAAUUACAUAGACGUGUAGGGUAGCUUGUCAUCUAAAUUAUUUCAAUACUUUUCAAUUUACUGAAAUAGACAAAUCAAUAUAUCUUAAAAAUCCGUCUAAAAACACCAUAUAAGGUAUGUCGGUCAACUAUAGAAAAGUUCCCAAAUCUUGAAGUUUUCCAUAAUGGCAUCAAAUUAGUGUGCAUGUAUGCCACUGUAACAGGUUUAAAAUAUGUUAUUUAAUUCACUCAUUUUUUAUAAAGUCAUGAUUGAUAAAAAUCAGCAAUUCAAUAAGCUAUUCAUACUGCAAACUUUUCAUCUACUUUAUUACAUAUUAGUUUGUUCAAGAAAUUAUUUCUGAAGUUAUUUUCUUGGAGCUUUCAGAAUGUUAUACAUCUAUGUUGGAAGUAUCAGAAGGGGACAAUAUUGGAUUAAGAAAUUAAAUGAAUCGAUAAGGCGCUUGACUACCUAUCGAUUGCUACAACAUACAUAAUAAUUGGAUCAGGAUUAAUAUAUUACAGCGAUCCUAAGUCGAAAUAGAAAACCUAUCAUCAAUUAACAAAUUGGUAUAAGCUAUCUAGGCGACUAUUUAUUAUAGUCAAUAUCACUGAGAUAAUAAAAAUCGCUAUCGGAUGUUGAAUAUAUCAUUGUCUGUUGUCCAAUAUACACUUGGUGUUUUUUUCUCUAAAAUUAAUUAAUUAUAGUUUCAUAUUGACUAUCUGUUUUCAAAUAAUUUCUGAAGACUGUUACAAGUUGAAUCAAUGUAUGAUUGUCUCUAGAUUUGUAUAAGGUUUGAGCUAGUUAGUGUCAGAAUCGUAUUAUAAAUACCAUACUUUGUGAAGGUCAGUUAGUUAACUAUGUAACUGAUACAAUAUCUUACUUUUAUUGGUAACUUAUUGUUAAUUAGUCACUGAUUGGCAUUUAAUAUAAUGUUUCUGACUGAUAUGUAUUUUUAUGUGGUGUGUGAAACACCUAUCCAAUAUGUGCAUUCGUCCUGUCUUGCAAAUGUACGUUUCUUCUGUUGAGGUGUAGCUAAUUUAACGUAUGAUCAUAUAGCAUUACAUCGAGUUGUCACUGGUUCAGUAACCGUCUUUGACUAUCACAAUAGAUAUUUGUUACUCUAUAGACAUAAUGUCCUUACUCUCUAUAUCACUACAAUUAUUUUGAAAUGUUAUCACCUAUUUUAUAACCUAUAUUACAUUUAUCAUUAUUUUACUCUAGUCUUUAUUGUACUUCAAUGCCGUUCACUGAUGCAAUGGAACUUGGUAGUCCAGGUGAUGGACUUAUUAUACGCCCAUCUAAACUCGGUUUAUUCAUUUUACAUGUAAGUGGAAAUUAUCCUCCAACGUAUAGUCUAAAUUCAUUGGAACGUUGUCUAGAAACUUUUGAUUUGUAAACCAGUUUUAUUCAAACGAUAAUGUUUAAUUAGAUGUUUGUUUUUGUUUGAUUUAUAGACUUCUUUAAAACUAAGUAUCAUGUGACGUAGGUAUAGGUUUUACGAACGAUCGAUAGAACAUCUAUGACUCUUGUCAAAUAAUUCACCAAAAUUCUGUCGAUAUGUUACGAGACUAUUAUAUAUAGAUUGUAAAAUAGAUGCAUCGUAUUAGAACAUGUAUUAAAACAUUAGCAAUUUGUAAUUGAACUGUUUUAAAAUGAGAAUAUAUCUAAGUUGUGAAAUAAAAUAACGCAGGUUUUUGUACAGAAAUACCUUGCAGUUCAAAUAAUCACAAUUUGUAACCGAAAAAUUUACCGAAAAAAGUGUUAGGAUAUUAAAACAGACAAGAUGGGUUGUUGAAUCGAAAAGGAGAACAAAAUAGUUUACGACUUGGAGGAACAGUAUAGUGAAUAUAGAUUUAUGUAACUAAAUUUGAUUCAGAAAACCACAUCACCUUAUUUCUUUAACCACUGAUUUCUAUCAUUCCGAAGACAACAGAUUUACAUUAUUUGUGUAUUGUAAAUCAACCAAUCCGAUAAGAAAUCACCCCUAAAAAGUUUUUGUUAACUCUAGCCGUAUGAAGGUUGAACAGAAUUGAAACUUUCAAAAUGUUACUAAUCGUCACUUCAGAUAUAGUUGUCAUGCAAUCUAAUGGAAGUACUAAAGUUCUUAUGGAAUACUUUAAAAAACAUGGUAUGAAUGACAGGGACUAAGUUUGAUUCUUAUGACCAACGAAAUACGAGUUUUUAGAUUUGUUGUAAUCGCUUAAGGGACUGAUGUUAGUACCAUUUAGCUCCUAGUUAACUACAUAUUAGUUCGCGAGUUUCGACCUAAGUUUUUCACGUUAUUUCCAGAUAGCGAUCUUAACUGCCGUUGGUUUUAUCGAAUCGCUGUGUUUAAAAGGCUUGAAUAAUAGGUAUUUAUAACAUCAUAUCAGUGUCUUUCGCAUCCUAUUUAACUUUGCUAUUCGCCACUGCUCUUGUUCGUUUUGCAAACUGAUGAGAAUGGAGACAGUUACCUUAACCACUGCUCCCAAUAUUUAACCUGUCUGUUUGUGCAAGGUUCAUCACCUCUCUAGCUAACUACUUUUUGAAUACAGAUGAAUCUUUUAUCUUUCCAUCGACAAUAAACGUUAGUCCAGUUUCAUCUUUGAAUUUUCUCCUAAAGGGGAUAAUUUUUCUGUGAAAGUAGCUACUUUUAAUCUUGCUACCUGUCAACCUACUAUAUUAAUUUGUUAAAACUUCAAAUAAUAAGUCGUUCCAUCAAUAAAAACAAUUGGGUUUCUGAGAUCGACAGAUCUGAUCACUAUGUUAAGGCAGUGGCUAUAAGAAUCCAACUCGAUAGUUACGUAAGAUCAGCAGUAUUUGUCUACAUAAUCCUGGGUGUGGAAUAGGUGCUCAGUUGAAUAGCUAACAGACUAGAAUCCAACUGACUAGUUAUAAUUAGGAGAGUACGUACAUUAUACAUUCACCUACCUAAUGUAACCAUAUGAAAAUUUGUGUACCAAGUUAAAAGUUAACGAUACCACUCAUCCCUACUGGUAGAGAGGUAAACAUUCAUUAGUUUUUGAUGGAGUCUGCUUCUACCUGAAGUUCGUGCUGAUGAUGUUGUUGUGAAUUUAAGUUCGCUAGUUAUCACGUGAUUCAUCCGCCAAUCGAAAUACGACUUAAACGAUCUUCACAGUGUGCUGAACCAAUGACUUUCGACCGGUAUGAGCAGCCUAGAGUCCUUAUUGGUCCCUUGCUUGCCUAGCCUGUCCAGUUGGGUCCGGAACACCAAUACAGCUUCCAUUAUGCGGAUAAUUUAUUUCAGACAUACUGAGUUUAUACAUCAACCAAACAGACCGCAACGCACCAUAAAAUAGAAAAUAACACUUGUACAAAAUAUAGUCAAAAGUGGUUGUGAGCGCGGGAGACAGCAAAUAAUAAACUGAGUAUAACUUAAGAACAGUAAAUCAUACAAUAAUAAUCUAUAGGUCAAAACGAAUCUUAUAAUAAGGGGAAUGUAGAUAAAACGUAAUCUAAUUGCUGAAUGGUUAUACCAUAAUAAUAUAUAGAUAAUAUUAAUCCAUUAAUAGGUUUCAGAAGUUACUCGUAAUUUAAUCUUCGCUAGGAUAAAACAGAUGUCGUUCAGAAGAACGAUGAAAGCUUCACGACCAAACCAUCCAGCUCAGAAAACAAAACUCCAUCAAAAUCAUCCACCUGAGCUACAAAUCUUCACCAUCUCAAAAUUCAUUAAAAUAUUUAUUUCUUAAAACUGUAUUAACCAGGACAAUAUCUAAGUGAGUAUGAUGAUGAAAGCUAAGAGGAGACUUAAUUUUUGCAUUUAAAAUCUAACAAAGUUUUAGGAUAACCGGAUUAACAUUAUUAUCUAUGAGUUAAGUAAUGGAACUUGACCGAUAAUCAUAGUUGACUUGUGCUCUAUUCAUCAAGUAUUUCAGUCGAUGUUAUUAUCAUCAACUUAUGGGACUAACUGAUACUCGCAUCUGUGAUAAAUACUUUAUACGGUAUUAACCAUUUACAUUGGCAAGAAACAAUUACAAAAUGUUAACUUAGUUCUCCCAUUUUAUCACUUACUCUUGUUGCCCAUCGUGGAGAAACAUAGGUCGCCCACCAGGAUCCUCCAUCCAACUCUGUUUUGGGAGGUCCUUUCCAGUUGCUAUACAUCCUUUUGAUGUUUGCUUCUGAUUCCCGACGUAAUGUGUUCCUUGGUCUUCCUCUCUUCCUUUACCCCUCAGGAUUCCAAGUUAGCGCUUUCCUUGUGAUGCAGUUUGGUGAUUUCCUCAAUGUAUGUCCUGUCCACUUCCAUCGUCCUUUUCUAAUUUCUUCUUCGUCUGGAAUCUGGUUUAUUCUCUCCCACAGUCGACUGUUGCUGAUGAUAUCCGGUCAACGAACAUUGAGUAUUUUGUGUAGACAUUUGCUUACAAAUACUUUUACCUUUUUGAUGAUGGUCGUAAAAGUCGAGAUGAAGGCCACUUGUUGAGUAUACAACGGCGAAUAAUCUUCGAUGUAUUACCUUUUUCUCUAGCUUCUUUAAUGGCUUCGAAUGUGACCGGCAGUCCGGAAACUGAGUAUGCCAACACUGUGUGAACUUCGUAUGGGAACCAAUUAAUCUUGAGAGGGCAUCUACCUGUCCGAAAUCCGUUGUCGGUUGAUGCUUUAUCUUGAAAUCAUAACUCAGCAGUGUAAUCUUCAAAGUAAGGUUCCCUAUACGCACUGUCAAAUUCUUUCUCAUCAUCAAGGAAGUUGAUGUAUAGUGGUGAGUUCCGUUCAUUUGAUUGCUCAACGAUGAUCCAUAUUGUUCUAUGCGUGACUGAUCCUUGCGGAAUUCGGCUUGUUGAUCUCGAAGUUGAAUGUCUAUUGAAUCUUCCAUCCGGUUCAACAGCACUCUGUUGAAAAGUUUUUCUGGUACUGAUAGUAGUGUGAUGCCUCCAUAGUUCACAAUCACUGAAAUCUCCUUUCUUUGAUAUAUUGAUGAGGUAUUCUUCUUUUCAGUCUGUCUUUUGCCACUUGUUCCUCCUCCCAAAUAUUCCUGAAUAGAAUGUGAAGUACGUAUGUAGCUACUCCUAUGUCCGAAGAUGAUUUUUCAACUAGUAUAGUGUCAGGUCCUACUGCUUUCCCACUCUUGGUUUGUCUGAUGACCAUGGCGAUUUCUUAGAUUAACGGUGGGUAAACAGCUAUGGGAAGGUCUGUGCGUGCUGCUUUUAUUUCCGUCGAGUUCAGUGAAGCUGGUGUAUUCAAUAAUUUUCUUAGAAUCUUCUGUCAACCUGUUCCUCUUUUCUUGAUUCUCAGUGAUUGGCUUGCUUUCUUUGUCUUUGACCAGUACCUCUGGUUUACUAUAUUUGCCUGCUAGUGUCUUCGUCGUGUCAUAUAGUUGUUUCAUAUUUCCUUCUUGUACAACUUUUCGCACUGUCACUGCUAGGUCUUCGACGUCUUUCUUCUUGUCAGCUCUAAUGCUCUGCUUCACUUGCUUGUUUGUUUCUGUGUAUUCAGCUUGUACCUCGACUUAUUCUAACCUUGUCUGACUGUUGUUAGUUUCUGUCUUGUUCUUUCUUUCUUGAAUCCUACUGAGGGUUUUGAUAGAGACUUUCUCUUUGUGAUAACGCUUCUUUCAGCGCAACACUUUCUGGCAUUUUGAAGUCAGUGCUUCUUUGAUCCCUUUCCAAUUUUUUGUAUUAUUGUCAUGUUCUUUGAGUAGAUCUUGUAAAACUUGGAGCUGCGUUGAAUUGGUUGAGCUUGACCUUUAUAAUGCUGUUUUUCCAUUGCUCCUUUAGCUUCAGUUUCAUCUUGGAAACCACCAGGUGGUGAUGUGAAGCUAUGUCAGCUCCUUUCCUGCUUCUCAUGUCCUGCAUUGUUCUUCUGAAUUUUUUGUGAUGGAAAUAUGAUCGAUCUGGUUCUGUGUAGCGUGAUCCGGUGAGACCUGUGUAACCUUGUGUAUGCGAUUGUGUGGGAGUAUUGUCCCACCCAUAACCAUUUUGUUGAAUGCACAUAAAUUUUCUAAUUUGUCACCAUUCUCUUUCCUUUCUCCCAAUCAGUCCAUGUCGUCCCAUGGUAUCUUCAUACCCGUUGUUGUCAAUUCCGAUGUUGGUGUUUGGGUCUACCAUCAGCAUGGUUAAGUGAUUUCGUAGAUACUUCUAUACGACCGAUCCCAGCCUCUCAUAAAACUGUUAUUUAUCGUCUUCUUUUGCUAUCAUUGGUGGGUACAUAACACUGGAUGACAUUGAUUGUGAUCCCUUCCUUCUUUGUUUCGGAGGCCUUGAUGUUCUUGGAUUCAUGAGAUUCGCAUCCUAUGAGUUGCAUCAGAGCAACUCGUUGAGUGUGUGGAGGAUUUUCCUCUUCGUGACCAGAGAACAGCAGCAUUUCUCUUGAAUCUUAUCUUUCCUGUCCAUCUUGGGUCCAAUGUGUUUUACUUAUUCCGAGAACCUCGUUGUUGUAUCUCCUCAUUUCCGAAUGUAUUUGACUUGUUUUCCCAGUUUCACAUAUUGUCUGAAUAUUUGAUGUGUCUGUAUUGAAUGUUGUUGUGGCUGUCAGAUGUGGCAUCGGCUUCGUGACUUGUGAAGUAUCUCGUCUUCCCCAAUGAGGCAUGAUAAUUAUUCUGAAUGAAGAUUGUUGAACUCGGGUGUCAGAGUUUAAUUGGUUUAGACUGUUUAUUCUUGUUAGUGUUUAUUUAGCAAUGUUGUUUUGUACGGGAUGAGGUUGUUUACCCCACACCCAACCGUCAUCCUUUACUCGGUCUUGGGACCGGCACUAACCCUACAGAAGCUACAGGCGGAGUUAACCAAGUUUAUCAUUAUUCAAUAUUAAUUCAAAUUGCUAAUUUCGUGCAGAAAUACUAAUAAGCUACGAUCAUAGUUUCAACUAAAAUCUAGUUGCUACCAUUGUAACAUACAAAUGGUCUAUGAUGUUUACAUAAAUUUUGAGUCAUUAAUUGUUCGUAGUAGAUGAAAAAUAUAUGACAGAUUUAAACAACCAUCAGUUCUCUUGUUGUAAUUUAAUGGAGAAAGAACAGCUUUUGAUGGUUCUACUUUUUGUAAAUCAGGUUGUUUAAUUGAACAGCUUUCAUUAUCAUAGGGGCCUAUUUUAAGUGAUGAUUUUAUAGAAUGUGAAAUUGGUUUACUAACAAACAGGUUUAGUACUUACAUCAGACUGUCAAGCGAUAUAUGUUAUUGGUUUUUUCGAAAUGAAUGCUAUACCGUUGGGAAAAGAGAUACCUAAAAUAUUACAGACAAAAUAGUCUACUCAAAAUGCAGAUUUCUGAUAAUGGAUAUUUCAUCAAAGAGUUGCACCAAUAUUGAAUCAGAAAUGAUUGGAUCAUUGGGCGACAAAUUAGGUUUUGUGUGUGGUAUGAAAGUAAGCUCUAGUCUUGAUUUUUAUUGUUACACUGCUCAAAAAUAUAGAGCUUCACCAAAUAUUCUCACUACGAUAUUGAAGAUAUAAAUUGAGCUAAGAAAUAUUUCUUUUCAAAUAGUUCAUUAUCAAGGUUCUCUUCUAAUAUUAUAGGUUAUACGGCAAAGUAUUAAAUCUAUUCCAAAUAGUUGGUGGUGAGUCAAUAUAACAAUUUAAUUCUAUUCAGUUAGUAACUGGAUUCUGGGAAUUUAAACAAAGGUGAAAGUUUGUAAUCAGUCAAUUACUACACUUAGUUUGAAGGGACUGAUGUUGGAUAUGUGUAUGUUUUGUCAUCAAUGGCAUUUAUAAGUAUUUAAUAGAACAAACGAGAAGAAAAUUAGAUGGUCAGCUUAUUAAACACAUUAAAAAUUAGUACUUAAUAAACUAUAAAUAACUAAAAUGUCUUGGAAAUUCGGACAGGAUUUGAUGGGCGUAAUAUUGACUAAGUAGAAGGCCAGGGUAGAUUAAGAAGCUGUACAAAUGUUUUCUGUAUGCAUAGGUUAUGUUUAUUGAUAUGUAUUCCCAUGGCUUCUACUUACGUAAGACCUGAAUUCUAGAUACAGGCUAAGUUCACUUGAAUCCUAUAGACGGCAACAAAAUUUGGAUUUAUAUUGACAUGGUGACUAAUCUCAUCUAUAUGCAUCAAAACAAAGCUUAUUGUUUUCUAUUGUUCUUUGGUUAAAUAGGAAUUGAAAUAUGAAGCUUAAAGCUGAAUGUAUUUCUUUUAUUCGAAAUGAUAUCAAUGCAUAUCCACUAUAAUUUUAUUCAUUGCAUUAAUGUAAAAGUAAUUCUCUGAAGUAUCUGAAAACUGUCCUCAAAUUGUUUAGAUGUAUAUAGCAGCUCCUAAACAUGAGUUGUAAAAUUUCAGAAUUGUAGGAAAUCAGUUUUUAAGAUCCAACUGUCACCAGAUCAUUCAACUAAUUUCAAAACAAAGUAAGUCGAUAUUAAUAAACCGACUGCUGGUUUGUUAAUGAUAUUGUUUUUAUUUCUAUAGUACUAAUGGCGAGACUAUAAUUUAUGGACGAACCAUUCAGAUUUACGAUAACAGGUCUUGAAUUUUGGCGCAAAAUUCACUCAUCCAUUUGGUUAAAUACAGUUUUGGUAUUAUAGCUGAUGUCAGUUCGUGAUGAAAACCCUAUAUCUAAUUUCUAACCUUAACCAUCAACUGUAAAUAUUAAUCCUAAUUCCCCACGCUGGUUUAUAAUCCUCAUUUAGCCGUAGUAUGUAGGUGGACAUUCUCAAGGUCUCUUUAGCGUCGCUCAAAGAUCGUACAUAAAUUAUAGUCUCACCAUACUAAUCAUGUUACACAUUAGCUAUCUGUUAGUACAAAUUGUUACUUACCUGAAAUAAAUCAACGUAAAUCUAUUAAUAAACCUUAUGAUUCUAUGUUUAGAACAUUUACUCGAAAAAUUAUAACGAACUAAUUAAUACUUAUAUCACUGUAUUACGUAGAAAAUUAGUAGUUCGUUUCAUAUGAAAUAUUUUUGAAAAUAUUUUCAUGACAUUGUGUUUUGUUUUGACUGAUAAGUGACAGUUUAAGUACUUGUAUUAAGAUAUAUAAUUUAUCACUAUGGUGGACUUCUCUUAAAAAAAUUAAUUACCUAAAACUAACUUCACUAUCGCUAAUAAUCUCUGCUUUAUGAAGUAUGAUUUAAUUAGUGGGUGCAUCUUAAGUUUAAUAAUUCACAGGCUUACAAUAGAUUUAUCACUGAGUUGCGACGAAUGUCAUGUUUAUUUAGUUCUUUACUGUUGGUCGAAGUCUACCGAUCAAAAUAAAAUAUGGUUUGUGUGACCCAACACCUCAUGCAUUAUAUUGAGGUGUUAGAUUGUCUGAGGUAGUUUAGAGGAAAGUAUGGACUUAAGUUUCGUGUUAGCUAGCACUUGUCAACAAGCAAUGUUUGCAAACGUGAUGGGAUUGAUGUUUCUUAUGUCGAGGGUUUCCUGCUAACUAUCUACAAUUACUUGACAAUUUAGAGGCUGAUAGGUUUGAUCCAUUUGAGAUUUAAAUUUUUCAAACCCUCUAUCUAUUAAGCAGAGAUUUUCAUGAUGAUUUCAUCAAUAGUUAAUUAUUUGCUAUCGUUGCGUGUUUCUAAUCUAUUUGAAUAAAAAUAAAAGACGUUGUUCUCUGGUUUUACAAUAAAAUUAAGUGUAAGAUGAUUUUAGUUAAUAUUGAUAAAUGUAGACAGUAAGAAGUCAAAAUCACAACUGGAAUAUUAUCUUAAAAUUAUCAUUAUCAUAGUGAUAAACUUUCUUCUCUCUAUUAUUGAAUACCACCGUUAUUCUUAUUAGCGUAAGUACGUAUUUAUUUGUAUAUAUACACAAGCAGUCAUUCAGUGGCUUAACUUUAAUCAUUCACUAAAAUGUGGUCAUAUGACGUGAAUUUUAUGCAGUAAAUAUCCAUAUGUAUAUAGUUAAAUAAGUAUUCACAUUGCGAUGGUGAUGAUGUUGGCAAUGGUUAAUUACACUAUUGAUAGUUUUGCGAAAAUAUUGAUCAGUAAGCAUAGAAUGAAGUGAAUCCAUCCAAUAACAAGAAAUUGAUAAAAUCAAAAAUAACAACCACAUCAGUUGAAACAGAAUAAAUUACGCAUAAAUUAAGUCGAUAAAUUUUGUAAAUCUUCAACUUUUCUGUUUAAGUCCGUUUUAAAUAUGUAUACUUGAGUCUAGUUUAUAGGUGAAGUUCAUGUUCUUCAAAUCAUAUACAUAUUUAUUGUUUUGCGCAAAAUCAGUUGAAGGUCAGUUUAACCAAUAAUUGAUGACUGAUAAAGAACCACUGAGAAACAGAGAGUACUGAACCUCACUUUCUGUCCCCAGUUCCGGACAUACCAGUAGAUUUUAAGGCGGGAAAAUAUCAUCUAGACUUCUGAGUUCACACCCAAUUUACCGGAUGUUCAACUUCAGUAUGAUUGUGAUAUAGCUCAGGUCAUAGUGUACUGUAUGCUACCUAUGCUGACAGACACAAGUAAUAUAUAGCAUCAGUUGGAAAUGGAAUGACUGGAAGUAGAAGAUUGAAAUGAAGAGAACAGGAAGGAAAUCGGGGGAGCAAUCAAAAUAACAACAGAAUUAAAGGAAUAACGAAGUAUAUAAAGUACAACGUAAAGAAGUUGUGGAAAUGAUGUAUUUGAUGUGUGAUUUUCAUAUUUUACUAGGCCACUAUGAUUUUGCAUUAAACAAUAAGUUAGUUUUCUCCACUGGGUCUUCAUGCACUAUAAAAGCUUCCAAAUUCAACAACAACAAGAGUGCAAACUUAAUGGUUAUUAUUUGGACUUCAGCUAGCUGGUCUGAGAUUCAAAACUCGCCCUAUCGACUUCAUUUUAAGUAAUCGAAUAGUAUCACAAACCCUCAUAUAAACAGUAUAAUUCAAAGCCAUGCUCAUAAAUUCUUACUCAGUAAAAUAGUUGGUUCAAAUAAUAUUAAAUUUAUUCAGAAGCUUUAUCUGAUGUUCACAUGAUAAUAUUAUUGAUCUAGUUUUUAUGUGUGAUGAUAUAAUCUGAAGGUGAGUUUUAACAUAAAUGCACUGUACGAAGAUAGCACAAAAAAUUAUGAAAGUCGAAAAUGUAAUUUGUUUUGAAUCUGAUUGUGUAGUUUGAAAGUACCCUGGUUACUUUGAAAUUUAAAGGUUAUAGGUUUCAAUCUGCGCAUGGUGCUGGGUACGCAAUUUUAAACAGUCACAAUAUUUGGGAUGAGACUAACUGUUACCUAGAGCUUCGUAAUUUUCAGCAUCUCUUCAACUGGUAUCGAUUUCUUAUGCCAAUUGAAUUCGUAAAGAUACAAAACCAAUUUAAGUUUGGGUAGUAAAUGCUACUUCUUUUAAAAGUGACAAGAUAGUUGUAAUGAAAAAAACUAUUUAUUUACAUAUAGUAUUUUGCCAGUAAAUGGAAGCACCAAUUUAAAUUCAUUUUCUUGUUACAGUACUAAGAGUUUCAUAACAUGUAGUUUUUAAAGAAAACUAUUGACGAAAUAAUGUAUAUUCAUUGCUUAUGAAUGUCAGAAUGACAAAUUGACAUCAUUAACAUGGAGCCUGGCACCAAUGUACGUUGGGCCCAGGUUGUCAUACUAGAAUAGUGCGACGAGCUGAAAACAACAAAGUAGAUCAAGAUAGUGUAGUGACAAUGAUAAUAAGAAAUAUUAAACCUUGGUAUUUGGUUUCAAAAGACAGAGUGGAGAUUUAUGUAUGAAGAGAUAUUGGGAUUCAAGAUCAGGAAGAUAAAGGUAGUAAUUCAUCUACAACAUUGUGAACGAUUCUGAGUGAUUUCACUAAAAGUUUUCAACUACAAAUCACGGUUAUUGCGGUGGUCUCAACCAGGUAGUCUGGAUCUAUCAACAUGGCUCAGACCAACAGUCAGUGAUGUCAUAGACUGAUGGGACAUUUUAGUUUGGCCUCUCCUAACUUUCUUUCAACCUAUUUUUGUACUAGCAACCAUUACUCAUUGCAAUAAGUGGUGGUUAGGCGUACGUAGUGCGUCUCCUAACCACCUUAGUUUAUGAAUAUUUCGUUAAUAGCCAAAUCUACUUUUCGGACCGACCGUUGCUACUGCCUUGACGUGGUGUUCGGGGUUGCCCAUCGUGAUGAACCAAUCGGGCUAUACUGGCUGGAACAGUCGUUCCUCAAGGUCCUACCAUGUCGGGCAAGUCGGUUGAAUAAAAGUAUAACUAAAAGCAGCAAGCACAAGGUCCGAGGGUGAAUUCGUACUGCUGACUGUACAGAGGUGUGAAGGCAGUUAGGUGUUUCCCUCACAACCAGCAUAACAGCGAUGCUGCCUUCCCAAAAACGAAGGGUAGGGUAAGAAAAGGUCGACCCUAAAAAUGCACACCUCGCCUUAUCCCACGGAUAUCCGUCUCCAUCGGUAUAGUCUCAACAAGUGCGGGGUUAAUACAAAAAUCACUCACGAAAAGGUCGUGCACGACAGGCCUCAAGCGGUUGUCCCUUAGGCACUGCGGUCACACACUCAGGUCACUAAGACCAACUCUAACCCAAUUUCUUUUUUAGGUACCUCUAGAAGAACCCUUCCACGGUGUGGGCAUACCUCAUACGUCUAACAGCACUCAAGACCAGAUUUAGUUAAGAUUUGAGUACUGAGUGCAUUGACCAACUAUUUAUUUACUAACUUUGGUUACUUCAACACCCAGAUUCCAUCACAACAAAAAGUCUAAUUUGUUUUUGUACUUAAGAAAUAUAUUCUAAAUUAUUGACUUUUGUUAUGUUCUUUUGUAUAUAUAACUUUUAUCCAGUUAGAAAUAUUUUAAUUUAAUAAAUUAUCGUAUAGUACUAUACUGGUAGAUUUAUGAAAACACAUUGAAAAUCGAACUCUUUGAUAUGUUCAAAAUAGUACGUUCACUCAGUAUACUCCAAUUAAGAUAUGUAGCUGACAUAAACUGAAGAACUAUUGAUGUUGUGAGAUCAUCGAACAUUUGCUUAGUCUAUAGACUCGGACUCCAUUGUCUUUAUUGGUUAUCCAGAUGAUCGCACUUCAUUAUUAAAAUUACUGUCAUCCUGGUUUGUUUCAUGACUAACCAAUCAUAUGUUUCUGUCACUUAUUCAUUAUCUAAAAAACAAGAGAAGUAUCAUAUUCGUGGAAUAAUGUGAAUUUCUUACGACAGAUGUUAUAUUAUAAACUUAGUAACUUGUUUACAGUUACUAUUUUUCAUUUACCAUGAAAUUAUAAUUAACGCUUGGAAACACUGGUUUUAUUAAACUAUGUAUCGAUUCACUAGCACCGAGUAUUUAAAUACAAUGUUAUCAUGUACAUGACCUCAAGGUGCCGUUAACCUUUAUAAUCAUCCAGUAGAUUUGCAUAUAUAUAAUCGAGUUCUGAUUAACUUCUUGCGUUUAUGUCACAUAUGGACCGUCUUUCAUUUUUGUUUGUAUUUUCUUGCUUCUCUUACUAAUAUUAAUGUAGUUCAUUCUCAUUAUAUCGCAUUUGUAUAUAUGUUUGUGAAAAUAAUUAGCUUCCUUAAUAUAUAUAUCGACUAGGAAGGAUUGAGUCGAUCGCUAACCAGUUUAUUAGUAAAUGUUUCACGAGGCGUUCACUUGUUUAGUUCAAAGUUAGUCCCAAUGACUGAGCUAUGAAAAUUCACUACGGAUUUUGCCAAUAACAGAGCUGGACGAGUACCGUAUGAAUACUAAGGAAAGGAAUAUAAACAAAAGUUGUAGAAUUACUAAUCUCAGAAGGGAUACUCUUUAAAGUUCUCAUAAG